GUUGAGUUCAGAGAUCCCAAGGGAGACAACUAUGGUGUUCAACCUUGAUCCACAUUUGCAAGAUUUGAAAUCUGAAUUGAUUCCAGGGUCAAAGUUUCUUGCUAUAGCACCCAUGGAAUGCAAUCCUGAGCCACAGAUGAAGCGUGUAAAUUCUUCUAAGGUGAAUCCAGAGCCAAAAUUACAAUGUACAAAUUCUAUGGGGUGCAAACCUGGGCCACCUUUGCAAGGUGUACAGUCCUUUGAAUUGACUUCAGGGACAAAAUGUCAAGGUCCAGGAUCUCAGGUGAAUCCGGGGUCCAAGAAUCAAAGUGAGACAUCUAUGGUGUUCAGCACUGAACUACGUUUACAAGAUUUGAAAUCCAAAUUGAUUCCAGGGUCAAAGUUUCUUGCUGUAGCACCUAUGGAGUGCAACCCUGGGCCACAGAUGAAGUGUGUAAAUUCUUUGGAGCUGGAUCCAGAGCCAAAAGUACAAUGUGCUAGUUCUAUGGGGUAUGAACUUGGGCCACCUUUGCAAGGUAUACAAUCUUUUGAGUUGACUUCAGGGGUUAAAUGUCAAGGUAUGGGAUCUUUUGACUUGAAUCUGGGGUCAGAAGUUCUAGGUAUAAAAUCUCUUACGUUCGACCCUGUGCAACAUUUACAAAAUGUGAAACGUGAAUUGAGUCCAGGGACAAAGUUUCAAGGUAUAACAUCACAAGAAUUAAACUGUGCCCUGCAGCUGCAAGGUGUGAAUUCUUCUGAUUUGAAUUUUGGGUCAGCACUUCAAUGCAUAAAUGCUAUAAAGUUUAAUCCAGAUCCACAGAUGCAAGGCAUGAAACCCUCUGACUUGAAUCCUACGUCACAAUAUCAAGAUACAAAAUCUAUUCUGUUCAAUCCUGGACCACAUUUGCGAGGUGUAAAAUCUUCUGAGUUAAUUCCAGGGACAAAGUUUCCAGAAAUCCAGUUUUUGGAGAAUCACUGUGGGUCACAGCAACAAGUUGUGCACUCAGUGUUCACUUUAGGCUCUUUGCUGAAUGGUAUGAAAUCUGUGUUAUUUUUACCAAAGCCACUGCUUGAAGAUGUAAAGUCUGUGAAGACGAACAAAGAGCCAGUGUCUUGUGGUGGAAAUUCUGUGAAACUGGCUUCAGGCUCUGAGCUGCAGGACUUGAAAUGUGAGAUGUUUGCACUAGAGCCAUGUUUUACAAAAGUGAAAUCUGUGGAGUUAAAUCCAGGGCCACAUCCUCAAGGUAUGAAUUCUGGGGAGUUGCCCUACACCUCAGGCAGCACAGUGAGAGAUCUGUGGUGUUUGCACCAAAGUUGUGUUUUCAAGAUGUGAAAUCUCUGGCGUUGAAACCAGGGCCACAACCUCAAGAUGUGAAUUCUAAGGAUUUGAUUUCUUGCCUCAGGCAGAAAUCUAUGGUGUUUGAAUCAGAGCCAUGUUCUCAAGAUGUGACAUCUUUGAAGUCAAACCUACAGCUACAGCCUCCAAGUGCUAAUUCUUCAGGGUUUCCAUCAUGCCUAUGGUCACCAAGUGUUAAUUCUGAGGUCUUUGCACCGGAACUAUGUUUUCAAGAUGUGAAAUCUGUAGAGUUGACACCAGGGUCCCCACAGCAAGGUAUGAAUUGCCAAGAGUUGACUUCAGGAUGGCAAGGUAUGAAACCAACAGUGUUGGCACCAGAGCCAACUAAGAAUUUCAUACCAGGACCCAUAUUGCGUAGUGUUAAAUUUUCAAAUUUGUCUCCAGAAUCACAGUGACAAGGUGAGAAACCUUUGGAGUUUACUCCAGAAGCAAAGUUGCAAAGUAUAAAACAUGUGACAUUGUCUUCAGCAUCUCUGCAACAAGAUAUGAA